UCUUAUAGUCAAGUCUGGUGAAAAUACGGAGUUUGCCAUCCCAAAACAUAAUCGGCGCCUAAAUUCCCUGAUGUCGGAUCUGCCCAAACGGAUAUGGCAAGCGUGCCUAAGAGCUGAGGAUAGGACACUUUCAACUAGGGACUUGCUCUCGCAAGUCAGUGAGAGUGAGGCACAAUGUCUCCGUGCUAUCAAUGAUCUCCUCUCAAAAGAUGGUGAACCUGGGUAUCGAGGAGUUGACCGGGCCACCGCUACAGCGAAAGCCAAUAUGCAUCCUGAUGAGUAUCUCGUCUAUUCGGCAAUCGAGGCUCAAGGGAACAUCGGUGCAUGGAUAAGAUAUCUCAAAGCCAGGACAGGUUUAGCCGCCGUUGUCAUCAAUCGAUGGCUAAAGAAGCUGGAGCAGAGUCAGCUCAUUAAGCGUGUAACGAACGUGCAAUACCCAACGCGCAAGACGUAUAUGUUGAAAGGUAUCGAGCCUGCGAUCGAGCUUACUGGCGGCCCAUGGUACACUGAUAAUGCGUGGGACACUGCAUAUGUGGAGAACAAUAUGAAAGCCAUACUUAUGCACAUCCAGGAUCUAAGCCUUCCUCCACCAACCGAGGAAUGCUCGAACAUGAUUUAUCCGACAAGAAUGUCAAAAUCAAUUUACCCAACUGCAGCUCAAAUUACUCGGUGGCUAAAAAAUGCCAAAAUAUCCGACACGGAACUCAGACAGGAACAUGUUAAGAUGCUUCUUGAUGCGUUGGUGUAUUCGGGGGAAAUAGAGGCACUCCCGGCCCUUGGUACACAUGGUUCAUUUGAAGACGAUGACGACCCUGAGUAUGGCAUGGAUCUCUCGGAUAUGGAAAGCGGGUCGCCUUCUAAACGCAGAACGUCCGGUAAACGGAAAAGUCGUAAGGAUUCCCUGGAUUCUGAUGAGGACGAAAUAAUGUCGAACAGGAUGAAACGCCAGAAAAUAGGAAAAGCCAAGCUUGAGGAGCACUCAGAAGAGGAAGAGGGACUUGGCGACGAUGAACCCAAGACGAAAAAAUCGGGCGAUGAAGAUGAAGAGUUUGACUGGAGUUUUGCAGAUGUUUCGAUCCCCAGUGCAGCAGCGCUGCCACUGAAUGCAUCCAACUCGGGUGUCGUUUACAGGGCCGUUCGUCGCAAUACCACUAUCGGAAUUGGAUGGACCCAGACUCCAUGUGGGACGUGUCCUCAUUUCGACUUUUGUGAUGAGAGGGAGAAAGGAGGUGGAGUUGACCCUGGAAUGUGCAGCUAUCUCGGGGAGUGGUUUGACUUGGACGAGAAUAGGCUGAUGCCAAUCGAUCCGUAAUAUUCAACAUGCGAUUCACCCAAUUCCGAAUGUUUAUACUUAUAAUUCUGCCUAGUCAAAGUGUUUAGUACCUCAGUCUCCAGCUUUGUCGAUUUGCCUCCAAGUCGAAG